UGAUAGAUAGAUAGAUAGAUAGAUAGAUAGAUAGAUAGAUAGAUAGAUAGAUGAUAGAUGGAUGAUGGAUAGAUGGAUAGAUAGAUAGAUAGAGUUUAAAUACCAGGAACCACCGGAGCACACAUGCACUUGCAACCCCCAUCCUGAGCAAGCACUGCGAGGACACAUAAGGACCUACGUAUUCAUGUGGAGAGGAAAGGGAAGGUUGGCUCAUAUGAUAUGGAAGAAUGACGCCUGUGUCUGUGUAUUCAUUAGCAGACAGUAUGCUUUGCAUGCAAAACUUGCUGCCUUACUGCCUACGGUCUACCUGAUCCUGAAGUCCCGUGAGGGAUCAGAUCCUGCUGCCUCCAAGGGCAACCACGAAAGAGGAAGAUGCCGAAGCCACAGAGCUUCCCCUUGCCUGUGAGAACGGCAGGGAUGGGGUGGAAUCUAGGGAAGUUGGUUGUCUCAGUAGGCUCUGUGGAGUUUGGGAUGGAGCUGGACAAGGACGGAGCUGGACUGCGUUGGGGGAUGUGCCUCUGACCUCGGUGACUUCACAGUUCUCUGUUCUAUCAGGGCAGCAGUGUGGCAAGAACCUAAAUGUGCCUGGGAAGUGUCACAGAGAGACCCAGCAUCUUCCUCCUGCAUCCCCUGGUUGACCUUAGUCACUGUGGGACUGGGAACACAUCCGUUGUUUCCUGUGCCCGCAGGGAAGUGAGUGGAUUCAAUUAUAACUUACCCAGUUUGAUUGUUUGUUUUCUACAUGACAGUUGGUGCCACUGGCUGCAACACUAAAAUUUGAUUAAUGGCUGUGGGUCUAGCUUAGUACUAUAAGGCGUUGGGGUAACUUCUCAGCCCUGGGGUAGAUAAAUAUGCAUUUAAAUUAUUAGAAGAAGCCAAUUCCUGUAUCUAAGACAACACCAACAACAAAAAAGUAGUCCCAGCUCUAUGUUCAUCCUCCUUUGAAACAGUUUUCUUGUCUCUUAGGUCAAAGUUCUAACAAUCUAGGUGCAUUCAUCCUAGUUUCUUAAGCAUCUAGAGCCUUUCAUUUUGUCCUUGUUAUAAAUAGUGCAUUGCCGGUAGGAGAAAAGUAGGCUAGCCCAGCUCUGUCAUUGAGAAGACUCUUUAUCGUAAGAAGAGUGCACCGUUGUUAGUCACUGGGGAAACUUCACAUUGGCACACUUUGCAAUUUGUAUUCAGCAGUUUCAUAAGACAGUUUUCCAGAUCAUUACUUUUCUUCUGUACAGAAAGUUGUUCCUAGGAAUAUUUAUAACACAGGCCUCUGCCUUUGGUGUCUAAAUUACCCUGUGUUUGGUGUUUCAACCAUUGUCCUCUGGACAAGCAAGCUGACUGAUGUCAGGAGGGCAGCUUUGUUUCACUCGGAUCAUGGCGGAGCUGCAUCACCCUCUGGUCAUGUGUAGUCGUAAGCAGGGAUAGCUUUCUGGAUGCCUCUCAGGGGUCCUGACCAGUGUUUGGUUACCUGUAAACAGUCUGAGUAAAUUGUAAACCACUGGUGGAGGCUCAGCUGAUGAAGUGAUGCAUGCAGUAAGACCCGCCUUCCAGGGCUUUCUACUUAAAACAGGGAGGGUCCUUGGCAUCAGAGUCUGGGAGGUGGGGCUAAUGGCGUGCCCCCAUGACUCUUACUUUCUUCAAACUUGCUAAAGCAUUGUUUGGGAUAUUACCAGAGGAGAUUAUGGAAUGGAAAGAAGAAUUAUUUGUGUUCUGCUACCAGUGUGUAGGAAGUUCUGUCUGUGAGUACCCCCAGGAUAUUUCAUUAAAAACAGAAAUUUAGGAGUGAGCUCAUACCCUCUGUAGAUCCAUUUCUUGAGGUCAAUAUACAUCAACUUAAACUCUAACUUACAGGUUGUAAGUCACCAAGAAGAAAGGUAUGUUUCUGGUCCACAGAGCAAUUUUUGUAACUUAAUUGCUUUUCAUAGUAGCUCCCCUUUCUCUCACAGAGACAAUUGCUUUCUCCUUCCCUCUCUCCCAUCUCCUUCCUUCCUUCCCCUUCUUCCUAGGUUCACCCCCUCCCCGCCCAUCAGUUCUAUUGCUUGAAUUCCACAAGAAUCUUGUAUUGGUGGGUAUUCUGUAUCUUUGCAGUAUACCACUUAGUCAUUUAAGUAAAAUACUGAGCAACUAUUAGAUGUUGGGGGGUACUGGGGGUAGUGUUGUUCCUCCUCCUCUUCCUCACCCUCCAUCCUGUCUUCCUUCCUCCCUUCCUCCCUUCCUUCCUUCAUUCCUUCAUUCCUUCCUCCUUCCCUUCUUUCAUUCUUUUUGCUGGAAAUGGGGUCCUGCUAUGUAGCCCAGGUUGGGCUUAAUUAAACUAGAUAUCCUUACACUUCUGCCUCCUGAGUGCUGGGAUUACAGUCACACAAGUGCUUUCACUUAAGUGACUAUAUUUGAUUUUCACAGCAGUGUUCUAUAAUGCAUGGCAUCUGUGCUAUGUAAAUAAAGAGUGGUUGUCUUAGGUCAGACAGACAGGAUAAAACUGAAUUGAAAAAGUCAUAAAAAUAUUUGAAUUUGCUCUGAUAAAUUUCAAAGAAUCAUUUCUCAUUAAAAAAAAACCCAGCACUAUAAAGAAGGUGGUAAAAUCAUUGCAUUGAGUAUUUCUGUAGCAUUGAAUUGACUUAGGGUGUGUACACUUUGUAUAGUGAUAUAUAAUUCCUUAACCAGAUUUUCUCCUCUUAGGAACUAAUCCAGAAUAAGGCUUUAAACACGCCCACACUCGGUUAUGAUAGUAGAACUUUGGAAACAAGAUAAACGGUGAACAGUAGUAAGCUAAGUCAAACAGUUUGUUCUACAUUCUUGAUAGGAAAUGUAGGCGAAGUAAGUAAAUCAUUCAGGGUGUAGAGCAGCCUGCCUGUUGCACGAUAUGUGAGUCCUGUGUAUAAAGAAAGGCUAGGGAGAAGUCAGGAAGGAUCCCUAGAUUAGUGCAUGGGGAUCGGGGUGUUUUUCUCGUUCCCCUCCUAGUGACGGAGUAUGUGCCCCGGUUGGUUUACAUACUCAUUGAGCAAUACUCAUCAUCUCUGAGUUUCUGUGUUUCAGGAUUCUAAGGAUGCUCUCUGUGUAGCUGGGGACCUAGAAGAUCUUCUUGAGGUUCUUAUGAGAGCUUUGAGUGUCAGCUGCCUGUGUUCUCAUUAGGAGGCUCCGGCUGGGGAAGUCUGCUCCUGGGCUCAGGCUAAUGGCAGAAUUCAGUUCAGGGUCCCACAUUUGGUUAGCUAGAGGCCACUUUCUAGUUCCGUGCCUGCCACAGUUUCCUGUGUGGUCUUAUGCAUAAGCGAUUGCCAUGUGGCAAUUUGCUUCUUCAAACCAGUUGCAAGUGUUUCCUCUCCAGUUUAAGAAUCUACUAUACUACAGUUUCCAGUGACAUUUGUCAAAAGCUUACUAUUUUUUAAAGGCUGGGUAGCUAGACUAGUUUGAUUAGAGAGUUUUAGGUUCCAGGAAAACCUUCCUCAAUAUGUAAGGUAGAGAGUGAUCAAGGAGGACACCUGAUGUCUAUCCUGGACGUGUGUGUGUGUGUGUGUGUGUGUGUGUGUGUUCAUUCACACAUCCACCAAGAUCACAUCUGGUUGGGCAGUUUCCAUUCAUCCUAAGAAGAGGUUAUUGUAGUUUUCAUUGUGCAAAAUUCUCUGUUCAGGAUUCAGUAUCUGUCAGGAUCAUGUAAUAGAGAAAGAUUUGAACAAAGUACUUCUUAUUAAAUUACCUUGAUCCUUGUUAAUUCCUAGUUCUCAAGCCAGAAAUACAGAGAACUCCUCUACAUGGUAAUACUGACAUAGUGUUUUGGGGAGGUGACUAAAUUCUUGACACUUGUGCUCAAGUGAAUUAUUGUGACCUCUUUGAGGCAGGUGACCUUGUAGGCAGGUGAGGACACAGAUGCACAGAGGCUAAGCGACUCGCACAGCCUCACCAUAGUAAAGUCAGACAUGGCUUUCCCUCAUUUGCAUAAACCCAGUGCCAAACUCUUAGCCACUUAGCUUGAAGGGAAGGGAGGUUGAUCUAGGAAGUGCCUGGGUCUAAGGUGGUGAAAGUCCUAAGGCUGAGUUCUUGAUUGGGUUGCUGUAAAAUUGAGCAGAUCUCCAUCUCUAUGUGUGUAAGUAAUGUAAAUUAUAUAUAUUUCAUAACACUAAAAGAUGCCUUAUGUGGGAAGGGGGUUUUCAGAGGGGAAACCAGGAAAGGGAUGACAUUUGAAAUGUAAAUAAAGAAAAUAUCUAAUUUAAAACAAGAACAAAAUGAAAGAGAAACCCAUCAGCAGCAAGCCAGUACGCAGUGUUCCUCCAUGGCCUCUGCAUGUGUUCCUGCUUCCAGAUUCCUGCCCUGCUUGGUUUUCUACCCUUGUCAUGUAAGAUGAAGUAAAUGUCUUACCCCUUCCUCCCCAAAUAAGAUUAUAAAGUAAUGCCGUCCAUGUGAUUCUGCGUGUGUUCACAAAUAACAAAAGUAAAAGAGUACUUAACUGUCAUUUAAUAAAAUACAACUUUUAGUUUUAGGGAUGGUUUAAUAUACGAAAAAGAAAACAAGAUGCCUUAUAGACUGUCAAGUGUUUGUCAGUGUAAAGUCCAUACUGGUUUCUCUUGGUAAGCAAUAAUAUAUUUUAAAGUGAACACUGAGAUGGUAAAUCCAGCCAGCCAGGUAUUUGAUAGGUCCCAUGCUUUCCUAUAGGUCAGUUUUCUUAAUUUCCUUAUUCAGAAGACAAUUUGCAGAGGCAUGUAUGUGCCAGUCUCGUGAUACAGUCUAUUUCUUCUCGGUAUAAGUGCGGCGUGGUGGCGCACGCCUUUAAUCCCAGCAUCCGGGAGGAAGAGGCAGGCAGAUUUCUGAGUUCGAGGUCAGCCUGGUCUACAGAGUGAGUUCAGGACAGCCAGGGCUACACAGAGAAACCCUGUCUUGAAAAACCAAAAAAAAUUAGCAAACAUGGCAGGCCUGGCUUUGCUACUGUAGAUGACACAGUGACCCUCUCAAGCCGCUCUUUACAGUAUGAGUGGCUUCACUCAGAAACAGCAGUUUCAGACAUUUUAAAUUUUUCUUCUGAGCCAUGGUCUGUUCUGCAGGCUUUCCCAGUUAUUGUUUCCUGACUCGGAGGGGAGCACAGUGGACCAAGAGCGCAUGCUUUCUCUCUCUGUGGUGUUUGCUGGGUGAGGAUUUAGGAUUUCAGCAGAGAACCCCAUCCCCAGAGUACCUCUCACUUCGUAUAGUUCCAUAUUGUGUUGUGACAGCAAGAUUUUGGGUAAGAACAUUCUUAAAAGGGAAUAAACAAAAAAAAAGUACAUAUCUGAUGUGGGAUUAAAGGCUGACAAGAUAGGCUGUUUUCCAUAAGCCUGUUGGUGGAGCUUGGCAGUUGCUAGUGACAGUGUGAUCUCAGAUUUGCUGCCUGUGUGGUUCCUCAGAGUGUUUGCACUAUGGUGGGACUGUGGAAUCCCCAGCAUUCUGUGCGUCUUACUUCACCUUGUGACCUCUACCCCACCAGCAUACCUUCUUCCAUCACCAUCCCAAAACCUACCCUAGUCCCAGCUCCUCUGUUUCCACUUGAGAGUCCCACCAUCAGUUCCUGUUCACACUGACUCUGCGUGCAUGGCAGUUAGGUUUAAGCGGAGACUGCCAUUAUAUGUUAUAAAUCUGUGAACAUGUCUCUGUAAACAGAAUUCAUGGGUGAGGGUAACAAAAUCUACCAGGCAUCCCUCGUGUGGACCUGCCGUCUGGUUGUCUUCAGGUGAGUGUUAGUGUUCUGGCACACAUUUGUGUGGAUAUGCAUUUGCAUGUGCACAUGUACGGUUGUUCUCUGGAUGUACACAUGUAUGUGCACUGUUUCCUAUGCUACUAGCUCAAGCAGUACCAACACAGAUGCACAGAAUUUAAGGUUAACCGCACUGUAAUCAUGUAAUGCUAUAUUAUUAUAAAGAAAACCAGGUUAUUCAAAAAAUAGUAUCUAGAGAUUGCAGAAAAUAUCAUCAAUAAAAGUAGAAAUGUUUUGAAGAAUAAUCUUUGGUCUUGUUGGUGUUCCUUGGAGAAUCUCUCCAGCUGGUAGAAAGUUUUCUUUAGUCUGUGUGGCUGCUGAGGCUGAGGCGUGUAUUGUUGACAUUAUUACGUUAAAUACAAUUCAGAAAUUUAUUCCGAGUCUUAGAAAAAGAGUGAGAUAACAAAGCUGACUUAUCUAACCAUUCCCUUAUGCAGACUCCACUCAUGUCCUUUUUGAGUGGUGCUACUUUCUAUGCUGCCCAGUGAAGGGAGAGUGUUGAGGGCUGGCUAAAUGGCCUCGGAUUCUUACUGCAAAAAGAAAAGUGCCAACAUCAGUAGCCCUUGGGCGUGCUUCAAGAUGGCUGAUAGGUGCUAGAGGCCGUGGGAAGACUGAGCCCAAGCCCCUUUCUUUUUUCUUUUUAAAAUUUUAAUGUGUUCUUUUUGUUUUUAUUUAGUUACUUUUAGUUUUUUACAGUCCAGCUGUUGCCCCCUCCCAGUUUCCCCUCCCACAGUUCCUCAUCCCAUUCCUCCUCCCCCACUAUCUCCAACAGGAUUUCCCCCCACCCCCACCCCCCUGCCAGGCCUCCCUACUCGCUCAGGACUCAAAGGGAGGGACCUUAGAUGAAAUGCCCAGCAGUGGGGAGAGAGAACAUGUAGGUCUACCUCCAGUAGAAAGAUGGCAUCAAGUGGAGGGAUGGGGUUGCCAUCCCACAGUCAAAAAAUCUGACCCAGAAUUGUUCUUGUCUAAAGAACUCUAGGGACAAAAACUGAUGCUCUGGUGUGUUUACAGACAGGAGCCUAACAUGGCUGUCCUCUGAGAGGCCCAACAAGCAGCUGACUGAGACAGAUGCAGAUACUUACAGCCAAGCACUGGACUGAAGUUGAAGACCCUGUGGUUGAAUUAGGGAAAGGCUGGAAGAGAAAGGGGAUGGAGGAGAGCAACCCCAUAGGAAGACGAGCAGUCUCAGCUAACCCAGACCCCUGAGAUCUCUCAGACACUGAGCCACCAACCGGGCAGCACACACUAGCUGGUCCUAGCUCCCCAACCCUCACCCCACCCCCACCUCCCACAACACAUAUAUAGCAGAGGACUGCCAGGUCUGGCCUCAGUGGGAGAAGAGGAGCCAGCCAUGUCCUCCCUCACCUUGUAAAACAUUUGCACAGGAGGCAGUGUGUGGGGAAGAGCAGGUGAGGCUGGCUUUUCUUCUGGGUGACUUUCCUGUUUGUUGAGUCCUAAAGUACACUUUAUAUUGGCUUGUCAUUUUUUGCAGUGUUCUGUGUGCCUGUACAGUAGAAAUGCCCUGUUAUAUAAAACGGUAUCAUGAGACCCAGCGUCUAGCUCCAGGCUGGCAGGUACAUUUCUCUGCAAUCUGUGGCAUAUGCUUCUGAGGUCAGCUGACAUGGACUUUGUUCAGCAAAAUGGUUUGUAAAUAUUGGUUCUGGUUUGGCAACAAGAGUGAACAAAUCAGUAUUUCUCCCUUAUCCUGAGUUUAUCCAAACAAACACAACAGUUUCAUAUUUAAAAGCCUGGGCACUGAUUGUUUCAGUUUCAAGUGUAGCCCCAUCUGUCAUGUGUGUUAAUCAUCCACAGAGCUGUUUGCUUUGAGUGGCCACUGGCCAUUAGGGGAAAACAUCCUCUCAGCUGUCACCUUGCCUGAAGUCUGGGGGCGGGAGGUGGGGGAUUAAUUUCCCAAGCAGAAUUGGUACCCAGGAGCUGGAAGGAAUGAGCUGACAGGGCAGGAGCCCAGAAGCCCAUCCCUCCUGUGACAGACGCUGGUGUACUCUCUCACCCUGCUCAGUUCUCCAGCUCACUGUCAGCACAGGCUGUCUCCUGGUUACCUGCAGAGUCUAGAGACUUGACCUUUAAACUUUCUGUCAUUUCUGCCCCCUGUGGGAAGAGAAAGUAAACAGCCUUUGUCCUGGGCUGAGCUACACAUUUCCAUUGUCCAGAUAUCCCUUAGGCCUGCUAGAUUUUCUGAAAGAAAUAUGUAUGCUAACCAACCCACAGGUCCUGCAAUAUCAACCCAAGGGUAGGCCCCUUAACUGAAAUAACUUCAAGACAGUGUUUUGUAUGGAAGACUUAAUGGAAGCAGCUGACUCUCAUUGCCUCUCCUUGGAAUGUGUGUAUUUUCAGGUUAAGUUGAAAAAUUUGGGCCAUGGCCUGAGGUUGGAUGUUGUAAGCACCAGGCAUCCAGGGAGUAUUAAAAACUCAGAGAGGGUGCUAGAAUCCACCUCCCUUCCUGCUGGGCUGUGUCCUUGGGCAGUGUGUACAGACUGAGUGUGUGAACUUAAAUCUCCCUCUAUGAGUGAUUUCCUGUGGGGACUGGAGAACUCAGGCUGGCUGAGGCACAUCAAAGCCAUCAUGGAUGCAGGGAUCUUCAUUGCAAAGGCAGUUUCAGAGGAAGGGGCAAGUGUGCUUGUUCACUGUUCUGACGGCUGGGACAGAACGGCCCAGGUGUGCUCGGUGGCUAGCCUGCUGCUGGACCCUUACUACCGGACUCUGAAAGGAUUCAUGGUAUUAAUUGAAAAGGACUGGAUUUCCUUCGGACAUAAAUUUAAUCAUAGAUAUGGCAACUUAGAUGGUGACCCAAAAGAAAUCUCUCCAGUAAUCGACCAGUUCAUUGAGUGUGUCUGGCAGCUAACGGAACAGUUCCCUUGCGCCUUUGAGUUCAACGAGAGGUUUCUGACUCACAUUCAGCAUCAUGUUUAUUCCUGCCAGUUUGGGAACUUCCUGUGUAAUAGCCAGAAGGAGAGGCGAGAACUCAAGAUUCAAGAAAGAACCUACUCUUUGUGGUCCAACCUGUGGAAGAAUCGAGCUGACUACCUCAAUCCUCUGUUUAGAGCUGACCACAGUCAGACCCAGGGGAGCCUUCAUCUGCCUACAGCUCCAUGCAACUUCACCUAUAAGUUUUGGAAUGGGAUGUAUAACCGCUUUGAAAAGGGGUUGCAGCCUCGACAGUCUGUUACAGAUUACCUCAUGGCUGUGAAGGAGGAGUCCCAGCAGCUGGAGGAAGAACUGGAGUCCCUAGAAGAAAGGCUGGAAAAAAUUCAGAAAGUCCACUUACAUGGUACCAAAGUGAAGAGUAAGCAAAGUGAGCCCAGCAAACACUCGGGGUUCUCUACCUCAGACCACAGCACAGCCAACACCCCUCAGGAUUACAGUGGGAACAGCAAGUCCUUCCCAUCCAGGAGCCCGUCCCAGGGUGAUGAAGAUUCUGCUCUGAUUCUAACCCAAGACAAUUUAAAAAGCUCAGACCCCGACCUCUCAGUGAAUAGUGAUCAAGAGUCUGGGGUGGAGGAUUUGAGCUGUCGAUCUCCCAGUGGUGGUGAGCAUGCACCCAGCGAAGACAGUGGCAAGGACCGGGACUCGGACGAAGCUGUGUUUCUCACUGCCUAAGUUCCCCUUUGGAGUUCCAAAGUAAAAGACACAGAAACACUUUCAAAUUAAGGGGAAAGUGCAAUUCGUAGUAAAAAUGUUGAGAAAUGGCAAGUUCUAUCCAGAACCAUAAAAUUACAGCUGUGAAAAUGGGGAAAAAAAAGCUCUUUAUCAAUAACCAGUUGUUUUAUCAAAUCAUACUGAAGACUGAUCAUCAUUCCUGAGGCUCAUGCUAGACUAUGAAAAUUAUAUCACUACAAGGAGAGAGAGUAUCUUCACCCAAGGUUGUCCAGACAGUCUUUCCUGGCAUAGCAUGUGUCUGCUUAAAAGCCCUCCUGGUUUCUCCCAUACCUGAUAAUGUUGGGACUUUGAUUUCACUUCCAGUUGCAGGUUGCAUUCAGGAACUUUGACAUUUCCUUCUGCCUUUACCAAUAUUUAAAAGAAAUAAAUAUGGAGAGUACCCUUUUCUGUUAUAAAUGUAAUCAUUUUAUUUUUCCCCUGUGGAGCAUCUUCUGCUUCUCAAAAAAAUGUCUGUCUUUCUUUACCAUGAAUGUAGAACCUAUUAAGCUGAAGCUGGAUUCAUUUUCUCCAUCUCGAAUCUGAGUCCAGACAUUAGCUCUUAGUAGCCUUUUACUACUCUUUCAGAGAUUACACAUAACAAAACUGUGAGCCAGCCAACCUGAUUGCAAACUACAACACUCUAAAUGCAGUAGGUAGUGAUACAUCAACAAGGGAAAAGGUCAAGAACGAGGGAAUUUGCUUAUCAUGUAGUUAUCGCAUGCUUUCUGUGAUAAGACACCACAACCAAGGCAACUAGAAUAAAGGAUUUAUUAGGACUUACAGUUUCAGAGGGUUAGAAUCUACAACCAUCAUGGUGGAAGGCAUGGUAUCAGCCAAGCAGGUAUGGCAUUGGAGCAGCAGCUGACAGCUCACAUUUCAAGACAUAACCAAGAGGCAGUGAGAGCUAACUAGAAAAGGCAUGGGCUUUUUGAAAAUUUAAAGGCAGCUCCCAGGAACAAACCCCCUCCCACAAGGCCACAUCUCCUAAUCCCUCCUAAACAGUUCCACCAACCAGGAACAGAGCAUUCAAAUAGAUGAGCCUUUGGGAGCCAUUCUUCAAACCCCCAACCCAUCUGCUAAACACAGGGAAUAAAGGUUACAGCACUUUUCAUUUUACAAAUUCUAUAGAAAGCUAAUGUUUUCUGUAACAUUAGCAAUAUCUCAUGACCAUGGACUACUGGAUGGCAAUUCUGAAGUUUCUGUUAAAAUGCAUUUAAAACAGGAUUUGAAUUGAGCUUUUGAUCUGAAAACUCUUAAUGGAGAAAUGUUGCUGUGUUUGAACAUACUGAAAUGUUCUUAUUAUAUGAUUUUACAGUGUAAGUACAUUCUAAUAAAGAGAUACAUUUAAUCUUAGUUUUUUAUAACAGUA